AUGGAAGAAAUCACAGACCAAAUGGCUGACGCCAUGAUCGCAGAGGUCCAGCGCCGCGACGCCGCGGAAGCAGCAGCGGCGCAGUCCGUCCCGGGGGCCUCCAAAGGCGCGGCCUUACCCCCCGGUCACGCCCUGCUGAGCGGCAAGACGGCGGACGAGGUGUUGGCGGACCUGAACAAGUCGCCGCUCUUCAUGACGUCGCUCGAGGACAAUGACGAUGUGGCGGCACUGCAGGCACUCGCGUACGAGGGCACGGCGCGCGAGAACGGCGAGGAGUUUAAAGAGCGCGGGAACGAGUGCUUCAAGGCGAAAAUGUGCGCCGACGCAAAGGAGUUUUACACCAAGGGCGUCGAGAUUCUUGCGCUGGAGGAGAAGAGGAGGGCAAAGGGGGACAAGACGUUUCAUACGGAAAAGGCAAAGGUGGAGGGCGAGAACGCAGACGCAGAGGACGAGGACAGGGACAUUGAGGUCGAGGACGACGAAGAGGAAAUCGCCAAGCAAAGAGCCGUGCUAGAGUCCCUGUACGUCAACCGCGCGGCGUGCCACCUCGAGCUGGGCAACUACCGCUCCUGCUGGACCGACUGCGGUCUCGCUCUGCGGCUGAACCCCAAGAACCUCAAGGCCUACUACCGCUCCGCCCGCGCGCUGCUCAAGGUGGGACGCAUCGCCGAGGCCGACGACGCGUGCGCGCGCGGCCUGGCGCUCGACGAGGGGAAUAAGCCGCUGCAAGCAGUGGCGCGGGACAUCAUCGCGGCUGCGGAGCGCGCCGACGCCAAGGCAAAGAGGGAGCAGGAGCGGAAAGCGGGCGAGAGGCGGCGGGAGAUGCUGUUGAAGGCUGCGCUCGCGGCGCGCGGGAUCAGGACGCGGGUGACGGAGCAGCCUCCCGAGAUGGAGGACGCGCGGAUGAGGCUCGUGCCGGACGAGGAGGACCCGAGCAGCAGUUUGAGUUUCCCCGCGGUGCUGCUGUACCCCGUGCAGCUCGAGAGCGAUUUUGUCAAGGCGUUCAACGAGACGGAGUGUCUUGCGGACCACUUGCGGUAUAUUCUGCCGUUACCGUGGGACGAGAAGAGGGAGUAUUCGCCUGAGGGGGUGGAGUGUUACAUGGAGACGGCCAAGGGCGGGCUGGUCAAGGUGGGCAAGAAGGCGACGCUGCUCAAGAUUUUGAGCGGGGGCAAUGUCGAGGUUGUGGAUGGCAUCGUCAGGGUGUAUGUCGUGCCGACGGCGAGGGCCAAGGGGUGGAUUGAGGAGUUCAAAUUGAAGAAGGCUGCGGAGAAGAGGAGUUAG